AUGAAUUUAAUUGCUCUGUUUUCUCUGUUUUUGCUUUCAUUUCCUUUCACAAUUUCUUCUCUCCUCCAUGAAAAUUUCAUGCAUUGCAUGUCAACCCAAUUCCCUAACUACACCAAAAACACGCAAAUCAUCCACAUUCCAAGCUCCCCUUUAUAUUCCUCUCUCUUGGAAUCUUCCCAACAGAACCCCAGAUGGGUAAAUUCAACAUCACCAAAACCUCUUCUCCUCCUCACACCUUUCCAUGAGGCUGAAAUCCAAGCAGCCGUUAUUUGUAGCAAAAUUCAUGGUUUACAAAUAAGGGUCCGAAGUGGAGGCCAUGACUAUGAAGGUUUAUCCUACCUUUGCAAAACCCCUUUCGUCCUCAUCGACCUCAUCAACCUUCGAUCCAUUGAAAUUGAUCUUGAAGAAAAGACAGCUUGGGUUCAGUCCGGUGCUACACUGGGUGAGCUUUACUAUGCCAUUGUAAAGAAAACCGGAAUGUACGGAUUUCCGGCGGGUUUAUGUCCCAGUGUAGGUGUUGGUGGUCACUUCAGUGGAGGUGGGUUUGGCACUAUGUUGAGGAAAUAUGGGCUUGCAGCUGACAAUGUCAUUGAUGCUUACGUAAUCAAUGCUAAUGGUAAGUUUCUUGGAAGACAAGAAAUGGGUGAGGAUCUGUUUUGGGCCAUUAGAGGAGGUGGUGGAGAAAGCUUUGGGAUUGUACUUUCAUGGAAGAUCAAACUUGUUCCGGUUCCACCAGAAGUUAUUGGCUUUACAGUCUCGAAAACUCUCAAACAAGGUGCAGGAAAGCUUGUCCAUAGAUGGCAAUACAUUGCAGAUAAUUUGCAUGAAGAUCUUUUCAUCAGGGUCAUCAUCCAAGAUGUGGGACAAGGGAAAGAAAAAACAGUUCAAGCUUCUUUCAACUCGCUGUUUCUUGGAGGAAUCGAAAGGCUGAUGCCAUUGAUGAACCAGAGCUUUCCUGAGCUAGGAUUGGAAGCCAAAGACUGCAUUGAAAUGAGUUGGAUUCAAUCUGUUCUCUAUUUUACAGGUUACCAAAAAGACGAACCUUUGGAGUUGUUGUUGGAUAGGACUAUUCAAUACAAGAGCUAUUUCAAGGCAAAAUCUGACUAUGUGAAGAAACCCAUUUCUGAAUCUGGACUCCAAGGGAUCUGGGAAAGGUUUUUGGAAGAGGAAUUAGUUUUCAUGAUAAUGGAUCCAUAUGGGGGGAAAAUGAAUGAGAUUUCAGAGUCAGAAAUUCCUUUUCCACACAGAAAAGGUAAUCUGUACAAUAUACAGUACUUGGUGAAGUGGGAAGUGAAUGGUGUUAAGGCAUCCAAGAAGCAUUUGAAAUGGAUAAGAAUGCUUUACGGAUACAUGAAGCCCUAUGUUUCAAACUCUCCAAGGGCUGCUUAUAUAAACUAUAGGGAUCUUGAUUUGGGAACAAACAAGAUUGGAAAUAAUAUUACAACCUAUGAAGAAGCCAGCGUUUGGGGUACAAAGUACUUCAAGGAUAACUUCAAGAGAUUAGUGAAUGUGAAAAACAAAGUUGAUCCACACAAUUUCUUCAGAAAUGAACAGAGUAUUCCAACUAUUCCAGCAUGGCUAUAG